AUGACAUUAUCCUCAGUCCACACCAGUGGUCUUCCAUCUAUUCUAAAGUAUACUAACAUCACCCUUAAUUCGACGUUUACGGCUACCCCCAUGAUGCCCUCGCUCAGUCCAAAUCUGCUGCAAAGGGACGUGUUUGACUACGACUUUAACCGCGAGCGUAUCUUCUUGGAGAUCGACGACGAGCUUGCACGACAGAGCACAAAGCUGUCGCUGUCGAGUAGCUUGAGCAGUACUGGACACCAAGACGGCACUACUUUCAAGCCUCGCAGUACAAGCGAAGAGGAUGUAGCAGCUGCCAUAUCAGCCUCUCUACGUGAUUACUAG